CACCACCAUUUUCGGUUCAUUCAUCUCCCUAUUACCACUACUGCUUCCCCAGCCCACCUUCCCGCCCAUCAUCAUCAUCACCAUCAACCUUCCAUCCAUCAAAACAACACGACCGCCAAAAGCUUCUCACUGUCGCCAUCUUUGUUGUUGCCGGAACAGAGCCACACCGCCAGCACUCAUCCUUCAUCGCCAUUAACUUUGUCCAUCCUUUCCUUGCCACACGAAGUUUCUGUCGCUAUCAUCGUCGAUCGGAUAGCUACCACGAUACUAGCAACAGUUUCCAUAGAGAGUCUCUCCCUCUGUCUCUCGAACCAUAGCUUUGACGGGGAAGACGUGGGGUCAUCGAAUGUCGACCUAAACAAGGAACAAGGGCCGUACAUCUUUGUAUCGACGUCUAGGCACGAAUACAAGGUCGUAGAGGAGAAGCUAGGGAGCAUCCAGUCGAGGAGCAUCAAGUGAGAGAGCAGGCUACCCGAGGAGGACCACGUGAGCACUUCUGAAGAUGUCUGACCACGGAUUGGAGUAAGCAGCAUUUGUAAUCAUUAGUUAUUUGCUUUAUGAUUAUGAGUAAUGACUGGAGAUUUAAAAGGAUAAG